CGGGGCUGGUGCACAGUCAGAGCUCCUCCAGCAGACAGCAUGGCUCUCCUCCUCUGGGGUCUGGUCUUUCCUCUCAUGUUGGUGUCGGGGACUCUGGGACAGUUCGGGUCACGACACCGGCCAAUCCACGCCAUCAGUCCUACAAUCACGAGACCGUCUCCGCAGGUGUCUCCCAGGGGUUACCAGCGCCUCGGAAACAUCCGGUCCAUGGAACAGACCUCAGAAGAAGCGCCGGGUUCAGACAGUGUCCAGCAGGUCCAGGAUGUGGGACACGGAGACCGGAGGCUGCAGCAGAAGGGGGCGCGCGCAGGGGCCAACAACUACCUGCCCCAGGAGAGGACCCUCCUCCAAGCAAUAAAGCCAAACUGCAGAAACCGGCCUAUAGACCUGGUCUUCAUCAUCGACAGCUCCCGCAGUGUACGUCCAGCUGAGUUUGAAAAGGCCAAGGAGUUCCUUCAGGACAUGGUGGAGAGUUUAGAGAUCGGGUCAGAGUCCACUCGAGUGGGCCUUGUUAAUUACGCCAGCACAGUGAAGAUUGAGUUUCUCCUGAAGACCUACUUCGACAAGUCUGCGAUGAAGCAGGCGCUAGCCCGAGUCGAGCCCCUGGCUUCAGGGACCAUGACUGGCAUGGCCAUCAAGACGGCCAUGGAGAAAGCUUUCACCAUGGAGUCAGGGGCCCGACCCAGCUCCAAGAACAUCGCCAAAGUGGCCAUCAUCGUGACAGACGGGAGGCCUCAGGACAGUGUGGAGGAAGUGGCAGCGACAGCUCGGGCGUCUGGGAUCGAAAUCUACGCAGUGGGAGUAGACAGAGCUGAUAUGGCGUCUCUCCGCCUCAUGGCCAGCCAACCACUGGAUGACCACGUCUUCUAUGUGGAGACGUAUGGGGUCAUAGAGAAGCUCACUUCCAAAUUUAGGGAAACCUUGUGCGGUAAGGAUGAUGAGGGAAGUGCGGAUUUUCCAUUAAAUGGUGGGACUGAUGGUUUCGGACUAGGCCUAGGUGACAGGAGAGAAGGUAAAAGAAAAAACAAAAAACACGAUAAAGGAAACAACGGUUUGGAUGUAUGUGCUCAAGGACACGACUGCCAACACAUUUGUGUUAACAAUGGCAACUCAUACAACUGCAAGUGUCGCACUGGCUAUGUGUUGAACCCGGACAAGAAAACAUGCUCACGUUCUGGUUCUGGUUCUGGCUCUAAUCUAUGUGAGCAUGGACAUGAUUGCCAGCACAUUUGUGAAAACGGUGACCUUUCAUACGUCUGCAAAUGUCGAACAGGAUAUGUGUUGAACCCAGACAAGAAAACAUGCUCACGUUCAGAUGCAUGUUCCCAAGGACAUGACUGCCAACAUAUUUGUGUCAACACUGAUGUCUCGUACAUCUGCAAAUGCCGAUCAGGAUUUGUGUUGAACCCAGACCAGAAAACCUGCUCACGAUCGGAUAAAUGUGCCCAGGGACAUGAUUGCCAGCAUAUUUGUGUCAGCACAGACGACUCUUACAUCUGCAAGUGUCGAACAGGAUUUGUGUUGGACAUGGAUCAGAAAUCAUGCACACGUUCAGCAGUGGAUGCAUGUGCCCAGGGACAUGACUGCCAGCAUGAAUGUGUCAAUAAUAGGAACUCAUACAUCUGCAAGUGUCGAACAGGAUAUGUGUUGAACGUCGAUCAGAAAACAUGCUCACGUUCGAAUAUGUGCGCUCAGGGACAUGACUGCCAGCAUAUUUGUAUCAACAAUGGUGAUUCUUACAACUGCAAGUGUCGAGUGGGAUAUGUUUUAAAUGCGGACCAGAAAACAUGUUCACAGGAAAUGAGAAGUGAAAUAACCCAAGACGCCUGCAUGUGUGAAGCUCAGAUUGUAUUCCAGAAAAAAGUGCAGUCGACCAUUCAAGAGCUGAGCAGAAAACUUGAUGAACUUUCAAACAAAGUGAACCAGAUUGAAGACCAGCCACACUAUUAAGAACACAGAAUGGAGUCAGAAGACAUGGUCUAGCAUUGUAUGGAUUGUAUUGUAUUGAGUAUCCAUAGAGUAUACUCAUAUGUUUAUGAUAUAGUAUGAAUCUGAAGUUUUGAAAUCAUUAAACUACAUUAUUUUUUAUUUAAAGCAAGGAUGAAAAGCUUACACAUAUCAGCAUGAUUGUAAUAAAGCUGCCUAGAAGCCAUUGUUCCAAGUGUUUAAGCUUUUUAUGUAAUGAACAAAUGAAAAUGGUAAAGGUUGAAUGGAUACUUUUAAGACUCCUAAAUAUUUAAAGUAUUUUUUUGAAGUGUGCACUACAUCCUUGGUGUGUAUUUACUGCACUGGAAGUUAUUCAUUUCAGGCCGUUAAUAACUAAUCUCUUAUGUAACUGGAGCUUUGUUGUCAGCUCGACACAGUAUUAUUAUACAGAGGAAAGACCAAAAUACAGCCUGAUCCAGCUGGCCUGUUACAUCACAAUGAAUUACUAUAAUCCUUUUCUUUGACACCUGAAACAUUUCAGCUAAGGUAAUUGUACAACACUGAGAGGCAAUUACCUUUCUGUAACAAAUGUGAUUGUUUUGGAAGGGAGAGGGAAAACAGAGUAGAGUUCAAGUGUAACUGGACAGCUCCAUGAUUUUCACACUUGCGAGUGUGUGACAACAUUCCUGACUUUUUGGAUUAAAGAAACAAAGGGUCAGAGAUUAAAAACAUGCAUUUUUUGGUCUUACUUAAUAUAACCUUUUUUCUGACUAUUUGAAACAGUGGUUUAAUGAAAAGUAAUUUUCUUAAAACCAUGCUCUGUAUUUAUUAUGAAGCAAAGAAUAUUUGUGGAAUGGGUUUUCUGUGCAUGUGUAAAGUAUGUCUUUGAGCAUUUGUGAUACAAAAAUUCCAUGUGCUGACUAUUUCUGCUGGAAGUCUACUUGUACAUUGACAAUAAAUAUUCUAAAACAAU